GUGGUGUCUUAAAUAUGUGCAUUUUCAACUUCAGGAGGAGGACAAGAUCCGCCCACGGCCACCACGACUGGAUCCCAUUUCGGAGAAGGAGAGCCAAGCCCCUCAUCAGACCAUGAUGAGGACAACAGGACCAGUACCAGCAGUGCAGAUGACAGCGCAACACAGAGUAAAGAAGAGCAGGAGGGGGCAGGGUUAAUGGACGUUUGCCAGUCUGAAAGCGAGGAUCUACUGUCAAAUGAUCCAGGGUUGUGGCCAGCAAAGCUCAUGGACAGUGACAGAACUGGUAUUGUCAGGAAAUUGGCUAAUACAGAGUCAAAGCCAUUUCCAAAAGACUCUGAAGGGAAAGCUUUUCCAGAGUACCUGAGGUACACAAAGGCAGCAAAUGGCAGGGAAAAGACAAAAAGGGAUUGGCUAAUUUACAGUGAAAGUGUAAAUGCACUGUUCUGCAUUCCUUGUGUCCUUUUUGCCUCUGAGGUAAAAAAGCCCUCUCAAAGCGCACUGGGUGGAUGUGGAUACAAAAUGUGUGAUGUAAAAUGGCGUCGCAUGUAUAACAAAUUACCAAGCCAUGAGAACAAUAGGGCACACAGAGAUUGUUAUCUAAAAUGGAAAAAUCUACAGUGCUCUAUUAAUGCUGCAAAAGGUGUAGACCACCACAUACAGAGCCAGAUGCUGUCAGAAAUCGAGAAAAAUGUAGCUCUUUUGACACGCCUCUUAGAUGUAACACUGCACUUGGCAUCCAGGAAUUUGCCUUUUCGGGGCAAAACACAAACAUUAGGGGAUGUCCACAAUGGUAAUUACUUGGGGACAUUGGAAUUUAUGUCCCAUUAUGACCCCCUUUUAAAGGACCACCUCGACAAAGUCAGGAACAAUACCAAAGGGAGCAGACUUGCUCAUUAUUUGUCUUCGGACUCUCAAAAUGAGUUCAUUCAGCUUUGUGCAAAAAGGGUCUUGAAAUCUAUUCUGAAAGAAAGGGAGGAUGCCAUUUACUACAGUAUUAUUUGUGAUGCCACACCUGACAUUUCUCAUGCAGAGCAAAAUGUUCUGCUAAUUAGAUAUGUCCACUACAAUGACAAUGAAAAUGAAUGGCAGAUAACCGAAAGGUUUACCGAAUUUAAACAAUUUCACAAAAAAACUGGGAGUGAAAUAGCUGGAAUGAUAGAGAAUAUGCUUAAGGAACUAGGCAUAGAUAUCAGUGAUUGCAGGGGACAAGGCUAGGACAAUGGCGCAAAUAUGUCUGGGAAAGUUAAAGGUGUACAAGCCCAAAUACUCAAGACCAACAAUCUGGCCACGUUUUCACCUUGUGCUUCCCAUACUUUGAAUCUCACUGGGGUACAUGCUGCAGGAUCAAGCGAAGAAGUGUCAACUUAUUUUGGCUUCAUCAACUGUCUUUACAGAUUUGUAAGUGCCAGUCCACACAGAUGGGCCAUAUAUAAGCAAGCUACUGGCUGCUCUGUCCACAGCUUGUCUGACACUCGCUGGAGUGCGAGAAUUGAUGCAGUGAAGCCCAUUGCCAAACACUUACCAAGUGUCAUUGAGGCCCUUGGUAAAAUACUUAGUACAUGCAGCCUAACCAAUGAUGCCAGGGCAGAAGCUGUAGGUCUGCAAAAGUAUUUCAUGACAUUUGAUGCCAUUGUGCUCCUCACGAUUUGGGUGAAAGUUUUGCAUGCAAUUGACCAAAGAAAUGUGAUACUGCAGUCAGGGAAAAUUUCUCUGGAGGUGGAGGCAGCCAAUAUAAAGUCCCUCAAAGUUGAAAUGCAGAAUCUCAGAAAUGAGUGGGAUUCCCUCCUCGCUGAGGCAACACUCAAUGCCACUGAACUGGGGAUACCUCCCCAUUUCAAAAAGGAAGUUAGCCGUGAGAGAAAACGAAAGAGGUUUUUUGAUGAGGCACGCA